ACAACAAGGGCACCGGAUGUCGCGCACUCCAGCUACGCAAGUCCUUGGCGAUCGCCUCCACUUUGUGAUCUUCCCGCAUCAUGGCAUCGCCUCCACCUUCGAUUGCGUGUGCCAUUUUCUUGGAUCCGUCCGUCGGGCUCUUCACGUCCAUCACGGCGUUCAUGCCUGGCCUGGCCUUCCGCGAGUGGACCGACGGGUACGCUAUCCUCCGCGCAGGCCACCAAGCCGCCAUGCUUGCGCACAAACCAAACGUAGUCUUGACGGCGGACACCAUGAACGACGCUGCCGAAGACGGUCGGGCGGACAUCGUGUCAUGGCUCGUUGCAAACAAUGUCGAGUUUAAUUUGGACACGGCGUUGGCCGCGGCGGCGGCGGAAGGCCAUCUGCACGUGAUUCAAUUCUUCCUCCACCAUCCUCUUAAUGAUCAUCCUCGUCAUGACAAGGCCCUCAUAUAUGCUGCAAGUGGAGGCCACCUGUCUGUCGUCCAAGAGCUAGUCCAUACAACCACCGUCGAUUCCAUCAACGCCGCCAGCGCUAUCGCGUACGCCGCCGACUUUGGGCAUUGGCAUGUUGUCGAGUGGUUAGAGGCAUGGCAUGGCAAGAAAGAAGAUGGUUGCCCUGAGACGUCGUUGAGUGUGUUUGGCAAGGAAUCCAAGUUUGUAGCUGCCCCCACAGGCAGUAGUCGUACAAUACUUCUUCCAACCUAUCGACAGGUUAUCACGGCAGUACGCCACUACUUUCUACGGACACAUCUCAAGGCAGUUAAGUUAGUUAACGACUACUAGU